GAGAAUUUUGAAAUUCGCUUUGAUGUUUUGAAUUUUGAAAUUACGUAAAAGAUGGAGAGUCAAAUGGGAGAUAAUUAUGAUUUGUAUUGGGAGAAAAUAUCGGCUGCGUUUCCUAUUUUAAACGACCAGUCUAUAGAAAUUAAAACUUCACCAAAACAAAAUUUAAAUGAAGCUGUUGAAAUAAUAAAUCGAUUACGAAUAAAAGAUCAUGUAAUCGAAAUAAUCUUGGGUAACAUUCAAAGUUAUUUACGUCGAGUUGUUGUACCGAAAUUUUGGUCAAAAUUACAAAUUAUACCUGGUGAAAAUGAUACUAAAAUUGACGAUUUUGCGAAUGCUGUUCGUAUAUUAUACGAUGAUAUAUUACAAUUAGUACCGAUUAUUGAUCAAAUUCAAAUAUUAAAUGUAGAUUGUGAUAAAACAUAUUACGGUCAAUCAAGUUUACGGUCUGUGUUGAAGUUAUUUUUACAUGGAACGUUAUUUUCACAAUUGCCAUAUAAGUAUAAUGUAGUUGUAUCAAAUUUUUACGAAAUAUGUUUGAAAAUUUUUUCGGCAUCUGAUUUAUUAGAUGAUUCCGAAAAGUUAUUGAAUUGUCGAUCGUGUAAUUAUGAAUUAAGUGAUUGUCAGUGCCAGCAGAUUAUUUCUACUUUCCAAGAAAUUAAUAAAAAACUUUUAGAAUUAGAUUUAAUGGAACGGUUAGUGAUUCAAGAAGUUAUAUCUUUAAUAUACAAUCGUAUUGAAACUCACAUUAAGGAAACUUGCAAGAAUGUUUACGAUGUUUCAUAUUUAAAACACUUUGAAAAUUGGUUAAAAACGGUUGUUAUGUCAUGGCUAACGCAAAUUUAUUGUGGCAGUUCAAUUGAAUCGAUAGAAGACGUACAAGAUGAAAUAAUUAGACAAAAUUUAAUAUCAUAUCAUGAAAAAUUAACACAAUUUUUAUAUGAAACAUAUUUAAAAAUAAUUAUUGAUCAACUAUUUUGCAUAAUUAUUGAAUAUCCAGAUUCACAACCGAUAAUCGAUGAUAUUCGAUUAUGUUUACCAAAAACAGAUUUACGUUCAACAUUAACUACAAAAUUACAACAAGCGUUAAAAUUACGUUUAUUACAUCAAGGUGUAAGUACGCCAGACAUUUUAACAGCGUUUAUUGCGGCAAUACGCGCACUACGACGUUUAGAUCCAACUGGUGUACUCUUGGAUACUGUUACGGAACCAGUACGGAAAUAUUUACGUUCACGUGAUGAUACAGUUCGUUGUGUUGUUACUAAUUUAACUGAAGAAGGUUCAAGUGAAUUAGCUGAUGAAUUAGUAAAAGGUGAAGCAUUGCAGUUAGAUGAUGCGUAUUUAUCGGAUGAAGAUAGUAAUGAUUGGGAAACUUGGAUGCCUGAUCCCAUCGAUGCUGAUCCAACAAAAACAUCGAAAACCCGCCGAACUUCCGAUAUAAUUUCAAUGUUAGUAAAUAUUUUCGGUAGUAAAGAAUUGUUCGUAAAUGAAUAUCGAACUCUAUUAGCAGAUCGUUUACUAUCACAAAGUGCUUGCAAUACCGAAAAAGAAAUACGUUACCUAGAAUUAUUAAAAGUACGAUUUGGUGAUUCACAAUUACAUUAUUGUGAAGUCAUGUUAAAAGAUAUCUGUGAUUCAAAACGUUUGAAUGCAAAUUUACAAAAUGAUGUGAAUUAUAUGGAAGAGAGUAAAGGUUUUCCAGCAACAGCUUUAAUAUUAUCCGCACAGUUUUGGCCACCAUUUAAGGAGGAAACAUUUGAAUUGUUGCCAGAUGUAAAAAAACAAUUUGAAUUAUAUACAAAAGGCUUUGAAGCAUUGAAAGGUAAUCGUACGCUGUGUUGGAAACCACAUUUAGGAUUUGUUGAGUUAGAAAUUGAAUUGGAGAAUCGUACAUUGAAUUUAACGGUUUCCCCAAUGUUAGCAACGAUUAUUAUGCAUUUUCAAGAAAAAAAAUCUUGGACAAUUGAUGAAUUAUGUAAGUCGAUGAAGGUGCCACCAUUAAUGUUACGUCGACGAUUACAUUAUUGGCAAUCACACGCAGUUUUACGAGAGGAAAAAGCUAAUACAUUUGUGCUAAUCGAAGGAUCGGCAGCAAAUAAAACCAAAACACGACCACAAACUACGGGUGUAAUUGAUGUGCCAUGUGAAGAGGAAGAAAUGGAAAGUGCAUUAGCAUCUGCUCAUGAUCAACGUGAAGAAGAGUUGCAGGUUUUCUGGUCAUAUAUUGUGGGUAUGCUCACGAAUUUAGAAUCAAUGUCCCUGGAUCGUAUUCAUCAAAUGUUAAAAAUGUUUGUAUCUGAAGGUCCCACAUCAAUGGAAUGUAGUAUACAGGAGUUACGAUUCUUUUUAGAGGGUAAAGUACGGGAACAUAAGUUAAUUGUUAGUGGGGGUGUUUAUAAAUUACCAAAAAAUUAAUAAAUAAUUUAUUUAUUUUUAUAAAACUUAUAUGGAUUUAUUUAGAAAAAGC